UCCGCGCUCGGGGCGGUGGGGCCGGGGCCGGGGCCGGGGUUGGGGCCGGGCCAGCCCCGCCCCGCGGUGCCUCAGUCGGCGGCGGGAUGGGGCCGCGCUGGGCGCUCCUCGCCGCGCUCCUCCACGCCGCGGGCGGGCGGGAAUAUUCAUUGCCUUAUACACCACAGUUUGCACAAUGCAAAGAUCCCAGCACUGAAUUCUAUGAAGAAAUACUUAAUAAAUGUUGCAGCCAGUGUCCUCCAGGUCAAUAUAAGACAGAGAGCUGCAGUCACACUGUGGACACAAAGUGCAGUACCUGUAGACCUAACACGUAUACAGCAAUCUGGAAUCGGUCUCCUCUGUGCUUUGCCUGCUCACCACCCUGCAGGAAAGGAUUUGUGCAGAAUCAAACAUGCACUAAGUCACAAGACAGAAUCUGUAGCUGCCCACCCAAUGAGUACUGCAUUUCGAAAGUAGACGAGUACUGCAAAAUAUGUGAAGUGCAUAAAAAAUGUGGGAAAGGUUACCGAGUUUCCAGAAGAGGAACAGAUAGCACAGAUACAGAAUGUAAACCUUGUCCUCCUGGCACUUUUUCACAUGAGGAAUCAUACGAUACCAGCUGUAUACCACAUACAGUUUGUAAAUCAGUGGCUGUUCCUGGAAACAGUGUGAAUGACACUGUUUGCAAUGACUCAGGGACAGCUGUUGCCACAGUUCUACCUCACACUAUUUUGAACCUGCUCCUGACCCAAAGCUCCGCUUCCAACAAACGUGAAAUAAUAACUCGACCUGUCAAUUUAAACUCUGCACCUGACAUGUCUCACAUUAUCGGAUCAGUAGCAGGACCAUUGAUAUUGGUCUUGAUAAUCACUAUUUUGGGGUAUUGCUUAGUCUCCAAAAAAAAAGCCCUUGUAUACUCUCCACCGACUACAGAAGCAGAUUUGCCUUUUUCCCCUACAGAAAAGCAGUGUGACAAAAAAGUAAGAAAUACAGGAUCACAAAACUCCAGCAGUUCUGAACAGGAAGAACAGCAUCUCUUGGAAACUUCUGGGUCCAGCAGUAGCUCCGUGAAUAAUCCAACUGGAUCUGCAAGAGUCAGUGUAGUAGGUAACAAGAACAAUGAAAAGAAAGAAACAGAAGGAUUUCAGCAGGAAGGUGCAGCUGCAGAAGGCUCUAAGCUUCACAGUGGAGACAGACACAACUCUGCGAGUUCAGAACAUUCUGGUAAUGGAGGAACGCAGGUGAAUGUGACUUGUAUUGUUAAAGUAUGUAGUCCAGACUGCAGUUCCCAGUUCCCAGAACAGAUUAAUUCAACUAGUAUGGAUUAUGCAAGCGCUCCCUAUUAUUCCCCAACAGGGGAAGGAAUUCCCCUUUCAAAAGAAGAAAGCCUCUUGAAAAAAGAAACUGAAAUUCAGAUCUCAGUGGAAAAUGAGGACAAUUUACUUCAAGACUUACUUCCAGGAGAAAAGACAUUUCCUCUGGGUAUUCAAGAUGCCGGGAUGAAAACCAGUUAAAGGAAAUUGCAGAUUGUAUACUGAUUGACUGAUAAAAUUAAUCAAACAACCCCUUAUCUUCUAAAAUAAACAUUAUGUUAAAUGUAGCAUUCCUAAAAAGACUUUAAAUUUCAGAUGAAUACAGACACUGCUACUUUUGAGAUUUUUAAUCUCUUUUGUUAGCUUUGAGAGUCAAAGGAUGAUCUUUGCAAUUUUAAAAAAUUUGAAUGCUUUUUCUUUUAAACUGCAUGGCCAACACCUCCCUCUCUUCUGUGAUACCCUAGAGAGACCUUUACCAGAUUUGGAAAGGAACAUUUUUCUAACUUUAUGCCAUUGAUUUUUCUGCUGAGACUUCUUGUGAUGCUAAUUUGAGUUCAGGUAUGUCACCUGUCAGGAACAUGGCUCUAACCAGCACUUCUGAGAGACUGGAGUUAAAUUAUCAUUCAUUCAGUGCUAAUGAAUUAUACAUUUUAUUUUGAUUUUGAAACUAUUGCAUUCCAUUUCCUAUCCCAUAUCUUCAGGGAUAUACUCUCCCUCAUCCUCCUGGAUAUUGUAUUAUUACAGUUUGCUUCUGCUCAUUAUUGGACCAAACUUCUCAAAUCGACCAUAAAUAUAUCAAGGAGUGAAA